AUGGCGUCCUCACUCAAUCCCUCAACAACCCGGUCGGCCAUCCGGACCUUCAUUCGACAUUACUCCGCCCCGGUUGACGCGACCGUCCCAGCCUCAAAGGUGAAAUACGUGCCCACCUCUGGCACCUACCCAAAAGGCUUCAGAGUCUCCGGAACCCAUGUCGGCGUCAAGCCGGCCAACAAGUCUCAUCCAGAUCUGGCUCUCAUUACCUCAGAUAGGCCGGCAUUUGGUGCGGCUGUCUUCACCACCAACAAGUUCCAAGCCGCGCCGGUUCAAGUGAGCAGAGCAGUGCUCGAGAAGCGUGCCGGGGCAGGCUUGAGGAGUAUCGUUGUCAAUUCCGGCUGCGCAAAUGCCGUCACCGGCCAAGGCGGCGUCGACGAUGCCUGGGCCAUGUCCCAAACAGCCUCCGCCCAGUUUCAACAACCAGACACUCAUGGCCCGAACAGCCUUGUCAUGUCUACCGGCGUUAUCGGGCAGAGACUGCCCAUCCACAAGAUCCUCGCAAAGAUCCCCGCUGCCUACGAAAACCUCGCCAGCGACCACGAUGCCUGGCUGACGACGGCCAAGGCAAUCUGUACCACGGACACUUUCCCCAAGCUCCUCUCCACGACAUUCACCCUGCCUGGCCCCCAGCACCAAGGCGUGGAAUACAGAUUGGCAGGAAUGACCAAGGGCGCAGGCAUGAUCCAUCCCAACAUGGCCACACUGCUGGGGAUAAUGUGCACCGACGCACCCAUCGGCGCGGGACCGCUGCAAUCCCUACUCACCACCGCGGUGAAUAAAUCAUUCAACUGCAUCUCCAUCGACGGAGACACCUCUACAAACGACACGGUCGCCAUCCUCGCAAACGGCGCCGCCGCUUCGCCCUCGUCAUCCAGCUCGCCGAUCUCCUCCUCGACCAGUGAAGACUACAUCGCCAUGUCCUCCAUCCUGACCUCGUUCUCGCAGCGCCUCUCCCAAUUAGUCGUCCGCGACGGCGAAGGCGCCACAAAAUUCGUGACAAUCCACGUCCGCAACGCGCUCACCGAGAGUGACGCCAAAGCCAUCGCAUCCACCAUCGCUCGUUCCCCACUGGUCAAGACCGCGCUGUACGGCAAGGACGCAAACUGGGGCCGCAUCCUCUGCGCGAUCGGAUACACGCCUAACAUAUCCCUCUCCAGCGCUACGGGAUCCGUAUUGCCCGCCAGGACAAACGUGUCGUUCAUCCCGGCCGAAUCCUCAAAGUCCAAGGCAGAGGGCGUGCUGAGGCUUCUCGUCAACGGUGAGCCGCAAGCCGUGGACGAGGAAAGGGCCGCGCGCCUGUUGGAAGACGAGGACCUGAUCAUCGACGUGGACUUAGGCGUCGGAAGCGCAGAGGGGAAUUAUUGGACGUGUGAUUUUAGUCAUGAGUAUGUCACCAUCAACGGGGACUAUCGCACGUGA